AUGUUUGUCUCCACCAUUCACAGCAAUGAGAAUCUUCAGCCAGUAGAAAAGUUCAAGUAUCUGAAGUCACACCUGGUGGGACAGGCAGCAUCGGCCAUCAAAAGUUUUCCUGUCACUGAUGUGAAUUACAGUGAAGCUUGGGAUUAUUUGGUCAAUCGAUACAACAAGCCUAAGAACAUUGUGUUUGACCAUAUCAAGACAUUUAUUAGCAGUGCAAAAGGGAAUGUCGGGAAUCCCAAUGAUCUGAGGCAGCUGACCACAGUUCUUGAGGAGACUGUACGUGCUCUGGAUGCCAUGAAGAACUCACAGCGAGAUCCAUGGCUGAUUUACAUCGCAAUGGAGGCUCUGGAUGCAGAGAGCAAAAACCUUUGGUCGCGUGAGCCUCUUGAAGGAGAUAUACCUACUUGGAGAGAAUUUAUUGACUUUCUUGAACAAAGAUACGACUCAUGGUCAUCUUGCUGGGACAAGAAACAGGACAAUAAAUUGGUAAAGGUUACGAGUAGUAGUGGCAAGCAGACCUUUGCACAGAAACCAUCUCACAGCAAAUCUACACUUUCAUCCCUUGUCACGACAGUCAAUGGGGGAGGCAAGUGUUAUAUUUGUGCUGGUGAAGAUCAUGCAACUUGCCGACAGUUUCUGGAUGCUCAGUCGCAACAACGUUUGAAACUAGCCAAGUCAGCACAGUUAUGCCUCAACUGUCUGCGUCCUGGCCAUCAGGAUCAGCAGUGUCGUGGAGGGAAAUGCAGGCAGUGUUCAGGAAGGCAUAACACUCUCUUACAUGAGAGUCUUACUACAGACAGUCAGGACAAGACUACAGUCCCUGAUUCAAAGGGGAAGUCUUCCAGCAGCUCGCUAAUCAGUGCCACAGAAUUGAUCACGCGAGGUCCACACCAGAAUUUGCUACCUUCUGUUCAGCUUCAGGUCAGUGGCCGAGGGGGAGUGAGGCACCAGUGUCGAACUCUCCUGGAUUCAUGUUCUCAGUCGAACACCAUGACUCGCCGCUUGGCUGAAAAACUAGAUAUCCCGAUGGUGAGCUCUACAGUGAGUUCUAUCAAGGGACUGGGAUCGAUUCCAAUGAACGCACCCCGAGCAUUGACAACAGAAGUUCACUCGAGAGACGAUACAGUGUCCAUGGUGUUGGAUUUCUUGGUUAUCGACCACAUCACAGAUGAACAACCAGCCUCUACAGUAAAAAUGGUUCACAGUGUGCCACAAGAUAUUAUUCUAGCUGAUCCGGAUUAUUACAAGCCAAGUGGAAUAGACAUACUUCUCGGAGCAGAUGUCUUCAUGAGAGUAUUGCGAUCCCGCCAAAUCACUGGAUCUCCAAUGCUGCAGGAAACCUCUUUUGGAUUCAUCGUGGCAGGUUCAUGCGAGGUGGAAGCACCCACAGGAGCUGUGUCAUUCGUUACAACCUGCACAUGUCUUCUAUCAGAGUUAGAGCCCCUCAGUUCACAGUUGGGAAGGUUCUGGAAUGCCGAGAAAGUUCGGAAUUCUCGGCCAAUGACAGCUGGAGAGAUUAAAUGUGAAGAACAUUUCCGUCUCACCACAACCCGUGAUGCCCAAGGACGUUUCAAGGUACGAUUGCCUACCCAAGAUGACUUACAGACACUAGGGGAAUCGAGGAGUAUGGCAAUGAGACGUUUUCUUUGCACCGAGAGACGGCUACAGAGAAAUGAGGGUUUGUACAGUCACUACAGACAAUUCAUGAAGCAGUACGAAGAACUUGGCCACAUGAGAGAGAUGCCGCCAGAUUAUCAAUCUCCCAUGCCAGAAGUUUAUCUGGCACAUCAUCCAGUAAUGAAGGAAUCCACCACUACUCCAGUUCGGGUAGUAUUUGAUGCCUCGGCCAGAACCACCAGCGGAAGGUCUCUCAAUUCAGUUCUCAUGGUGGGUCCAAAAGUGCAAGAAGAUAUUAGGUGA